GGGUGGAAAAAUAAAAGGAAAAGUCCCUGCACCAUGUAGACCCGCGCGCCCCGCGCCCUGGCACCCCGGCCGGCCAGGGACCCCCCUCGCCCCCCAGUCUGCCGCCAUGAACGCGAGCAGCGAGGGCGAGAGCUUCCCGGGCUCAGUGCAAAUUCCAGGUGGCACGACAGUGCUGGUGGAGCUGACUCCCGACAUCCACAUCUGUGGCAUCUGCAAGCAGCAGUUUAACAAUUUGGACGCCUUUGUAGCUCACAAGCAGAGUGGCUGCCAGCUGACCGGCACGUCUGGGGCGGCGCCCAGCACGGUCCAGUUUGUAUCGGAGGAAACGGUGCCUGCCACCCAGACUCAGACCACCACUCGAACCAUCACCUCCGAGACCCAGACGAUCACAGGUAUGGUUGGGGGGUGGGGUAGUCACUUAGAGUUGGCCUGGCUGUGUCCCAGACGCCUCUACAGAUCUUGUUAAAAAUAUAGACAUCCAGGGCCCACCCCCUAGGAUUGCUGAUUCAUUAAUUUUAACAAGCUCCAUGGGGAAGCUAGCUGCCUGGCCAGGUUUGGGAACUGCUAGGUUAAAACAUUAAGUGGUAGCAGUUAUAAAUUGUUGUCAUGUGCUAAACAAAACUACCAGACAAAAACUAGGUUUUUAAAACAAAACCAAAAAAAAACCCUAUAUACCAAGAAAAAAAUACAUGCAGGAAAUGGUAAAAAAGGAAAAAGUGGUUAUUUGGGGUGGUGGAAAUAAGUGUGUGAUUCCUGAAUUUGCAUUAUUUAUGUAAAGGACAAAAAAAAAUGUUUAAGAAAUUUUUUAAAUCUAUAAACAAGUAUUGAUGACUCCCCUUCCCUGUGCCGCCAACCAGAAAAACAGAAAAGUUCAUCUGAGUUCUUGGUCGUGUCCAAAAGAAACCGCAGAUGGAUCCAAAAGUUAAAUGUGCACAAUGAAACCGUCAAAGUUGUAGAAUAAAAACUAUACACACACGGAGACACCCAAACACUCACACACCCCUACGCUUACUCCUUUAUAAUCUGCCUUAAGGGACAAGACAGAUCACUUUAAAUAUAGUAAGUCACCCAUUUAUGAGAUAGUUGGUAGACACACUGUUGGAUCCUAUGGGAAAAUAGAGAAUGUGUUUGUUAGCUAAAGGCAUUCAAAUUUUUAAAUCCAAAAAUAUAUUUAUUAGUACUGUGCCUUCCAAAGAAAGCAGAUUGAUUAUAGGAUUUGCGCCCCCGCCCCACACACAGAGAAAGAAUUGUUAUGUAGUUGCAAAUAAAGUUACCAUUUUUCCAAAGUAAAAACAAUGUAUAAAAAAAGCCUAAAGACAACUGGGGGGGAGGGGGGGAUGCAGUACAUGUGACUAAGGCCUAAUAUCCUUCAUAUAUUAAAAAAAAAAAAAGCCCUAAAAAUCAAUAAAAGGACUAAGUGGAAAACUCAGCAAAGAGCAUCAGUUGCUGCUCAAGAGCCAGCAAGUAUACAAGGAUGCGCCAUUGCCUCAUCAUCACUCAGUAAUAAAGAAACGCAGAUCAAAUACUGCUUCCAUUCAUUAUAAGCCGGGCAAUUUUGUGAUAUCUUUCAAACUUUAAUUCUUACAUUUAAAAUCUUUCAAAUUUUAAAAUGUACACAUUUACCCAGUAUGUGCACUUUUAUAGGUAUUUAUCCUAUAAAACCUGACAAGUAAAAAUGUACAAGGGUGUUUAUGGAUAUACUGUAAAGAAAAUGGAACCUUUGUAACAUAUAUGUCAGGAGGAGAUUAGAUGAAUAAAUGCCACAGAUGAUGAAUAAUAAUCUAAUAAUUAAUUAGGUGAAUAAAUUCAGACAGUGGAAUGUGACUUAGCUCUGAAAAGGAGAGCUAGAUCUGUGUACCCACAUAGAGUCUCAGGGUAAAUACAAAAAGGCAUAUAUAUGCAUACAUAUUAUAUUCAAGGAAAGCUUCUGGAACAGGGAUGAGGCAGGUAAUGUUAAAAAGAGGAGUCACCUCUGCCAAAGUCGUUAGGGGAUGGUGGGGACUCUGGUGAAACAGAGAAAGCUGCUCUUUGGAUUCAAUCAGUUAGAUAUUUGGGUUUUUCUGAGAAACUGAAAGAGGUAA